AUGCCAGUCGGACUCAAAACAGUCAAAUCGCGCGGCUUUGACACUCUGUAUCCUGGCGCAGGGCCAAGUCAAGACCAGAAUGGUUUUGAAGUCGACAUCAUUGCAGUACAUGGUCUGGGGUCUAACGUCGAUUGGUCAUGGACGUGGAAAGAUGUCACACAGAGCCCAGCGAAAUAUGUCCACUGGCUCAAGGACGAGACCAUGCUCCCAGCCAUUGUUCCCAAGGCACGCAUUGCGGUAUACAAUUAUGACACAAAAUGGCAUAGAAACGCCCCUCAAACUCGCCUACAGCUAUGCGCAGAGGAUCUAGUGCAAAACCUGCCUAUAUUUCGCGACGGCGUGAGAGACCGACCGAUCAUAUUGAUCGGACAUAGCCUUGGUGGCUUGGUCAUUCAAAAUGCCCUACUUCGCGCAAAAUCUUUACAGGACGGGAAGUACUUGUACUUGCUUCAAGCCACCAAGGGAUUUGUUGCUCUCGGAGCACCCUUUCGUGGUACGAAAAUGCAACCUCUUGCCAGCUUCUGUGCAUCCUGUAUGUCGCUUGUUGGGGCUGAUGGAGGUGUUGUUCGCGAUCUCGUCUAUGACAAUGAUACUUUGCAAGACCUAUUGCACGAGUUCUGUCAAAUUCGGGACCGUUAUUUGAUACCUGCUUGCUGUUUCUUUGAGUUAUAUGAAACGGACUAUGGUAAGAGGUUUGGUUUACCGGGGUUGUUCAGAGGAAGGGUUGUGCCGGAGUCAUCUGCUUGUGUUGAUGGAUGGGAUCGAGUCCCGCUCCAAACUGAUCAUCUUGCCAUGAACAAGUUUUCGGGACCUGAAGACCGGUCCUUUAUCAGCGUGUCAAAUCGAAUUAGAGAAAUGUGCGCCGAAGCAAAAGGAUCAUUGGAAAGCCAGCAGCCUUGUGAGAAGAUAGGCCACUGGAUGGUCCCUUUUGAUCGGAAUGAACGCUUUGUCGGGCGUGAGGCCAUGAUCCAACAGCUACUUGACCGAGUGCCACCGUCCACCAUCAAGGAUACAUGUCAAAGGACAGCUUUGGAUGGUCUGGGCGGCAUUGGAAAAACCCAGAUUGCACUUGAAAUUGCAUACCGUGUUAAAGAUAACUACCCCGAUUGCUCUGUGUUUUGGAUUCCGGCUAUGACAAGUGCCAGUUUUGAAACUGCAUACCGAGAGAUUGGUAACCGGCUCCAGACCGAGGGCAUCACAGAGCCUGGUGCGGACGUGAAAACACUUGUCAAACAAGCUCUCAGCCAGAGUCAAGAUCACUGGUUGUUGAUCGUCGAUAAUGCCGAUGAUACCGAGCUUUUUUUCGAUGGGACAACAAGGCUUUCCAAAUACUUUCCAUCCAGCAAAGGCGGCUCCAUACUCUUCACGACUCGUCGAUCGGAGUUUGCGGUCAAAUGUGACAUCCCUGGGCAACAUAUAAUUACUGUGCCCGAAAUGACCGAAGGAGAAGCUUUAGCUUUGUUCGACAAUACUCUGAAUCAAGACCAACAUGACAUCGAGUCUAUAAAAGAGAUAGUCUGUCUGCUCAGCUAUCUGCCCCUAGCAGUCAAACAAGCUUCUGCGUACGUUUCUAUGAAAAGACUUCCAAUCAAGACGUACCUUGAGUACUGUCAGUCGAGCGAGCAAGACUUUCUGAGGCUGCUUGGCAAGGGGUUUGAAGAUACGACUCGUUACGAUGAUUCUAUCAACCCCGUGGCAAUGACUUGGAUGAUAUCUUUCACUCAAAUCUCGCGAGAUAGUCCACUUGCGGCACAGUUCAUCAAACAAAUCUGUUUUCUGGCUGAACGGGAUAUCCCGAUCGACCUCCUCUCUCAUGGCCACGACAAGAUUGAGACAGACGAAGCUAUUGGCUCGUUGUUGGGGUACGCAUUCGUAACACGGCAUGAUUACUCUGACAUGUUGCAAGUUCAUCGUCUAGUUCGCCUCGCGAUGCAAAAUUGGCUGGAGCAACAAAGUGAGCGACAUCUUGCAUUCAACAUCACCGUCCAGCAACUCGAGGGCUGGCUCCGAAGAACACAGCUCAAAAGCAUCGAAUUCUCUCUAAGAGCGAUGUCUCAUGUUCGCGCAGUUUUGGCAGGACCCGAGUCCAUCGAGGGACUUCUUCUUGCGGCAGUUCUGGACCAAUCGGCGUAUUGCUGGGAAGUUCUUGGGUUCCAUUUGGCAUGGCGGGAGUUCCUGAGUCAAAGAUUCAGAUUGCUUGCAUAUCUUCUUGGUCCACGGCAUGAUGAAACAGUCAAGGCGUGUCACAAUGCAGCUCAACAGGACGCCCUAGACUGGACAAGAAUGCGAAGUCCUAGGACUGUGCGUUUACCUUCCUGGAAAGACUUGUGCUUUGAAACUGAGGAUCCCAUGCUAGGUCUCUUUGAUGAAGAUGGCCUGUUUGGCAAAGAAGCGGUAUCUUCUGGAGAUACACAUCGCUUUCCAGAAUACUCCCCAGACGUUUUUAUUCAUUUGAUGAACACAUCACUGAAAGAAGAAGCGCCGGAUCUCUUCGGCCAAAACAUCGUAUCAUCCUGUGAAGGAAAUCUACAUCGAAGAGAGAUCAUAACACGAGAAGUUUCCCAGGAAGCUUUCAGGAUUUGCGAGGAAUACCUCGGUGCGGAGCACGACCCCUUCAUAUGGCUGGAACAAGGCUUCACCAGCGUAAGAUCUGCAGAUGGAAAAUACACCGAAGAAUUCAUACAUUAUAUCAGGGAGACCCUAAAACAGUGGCAAAAUGUCCAAGGUCCCCACAAUCUCGGUUCUAUCAAGCUUUUAGAGCGAUUACAUCUCAUUUAUUCGGUGGAAGAAAGGUAUCAAGAGGACGUGGAGAUAUAUCGUGAGCUUCUUAGUGCAAAACAGAAAGCUCUUGGCCAUCAUCAUCCGAGAACCAUUGAAACUCAAGAGGGAUUAGCAGAUAGACUCCUUCUGCUGGGCAGGUUUGGAGAUGCGGAGCCAGUCAUUCGCCAACUGUGGCUAUGGAAAAAGAAAGCGUUGGGCAACAAAGAUUCCAGCACCAUUGCUACCAUGGCCAAGCUGUCACGCGUUGUCAACAACAGAGAGGAACAGCAUGAGCUGCUAAGCAAGGUAGCCUUGUUGCAAGCAGAGGCUUUGCCGCUCAAAUCUGACCAUAACUUAAACGAUCUUUUCGACAUUGCCGUUGAACUCGAGCGCCAAGAACAAUAUAGUGCAGCAGAACAGACCUACCGAAAGUAUCUUGGACUCGACCCUGACAUGGUCAGCCAUUGGGCACUGUUCGUUAUGUAUCGCUCUGCUCAUGUUCUAGAAAUCCAGGGAAAGCUCGAAGAAGCGGAGCAGGCCUAUCAAAGACUCUUAGACCUUCAACAAGAAAGAUUAGGGGCAAGCCACUCCGACACAAUGAUGACUCUAGAACGUCUCACUGAAUUGUUCAAGAAGCAAAAAAGGGCUGAUCGAUCCGAAUAUACCUGCCGAAAGCUCUUCAGGUUGCAGAAAAAGAUGUUUGGGCCCCAGAAUCAUAAAACCUUGGCUACUUUGUCAACUCUGGGAAUGCUGCUCGAUAACUCAAAGAGUCCACAGGCCCAAUAUGUGUAUCUGGAGCUCACAAAGUCAUUGAAGAAUUUUGACUAUACCUGUCUGUCUUUCAGUCAAUCCUUUUUCCUAUGGGAACUUGGAUUAAGGCUUUGUAAACGCGAAGAUUACGAACAAGCAGAGCAAGUGUUCCGUGGGUAUCUUCUCAUUUGGCUGGCCAAGUCGCUCUUCUUCCAGGAGAAGUAUCCAGAGGCAGAACUGAUGUUCCGAGAUUGCCUCAAUCUGAGAGAAAGAACGCGGGGUAUUCAGGACCCUGAGGCAAUGACUUCAGUCUACUGGCUGGCACGCUCCCUUUCCCAUCAGCAAAAGUUUUCAAAGGCCGAGGAGAUGUAUAAAGAUCUUUUGGAAUUGCUAAAGCAAGUAUUCCUCGUCGAUGGGCUCGACAAAAUCUCCAUCGCCCAUGAACUGUCUCAUUCACUGCAUAAGCAACAGAAAGAAGUACAGUCUUACAUGGUAUUUUUAAGAGAAGCCGGGGGCAACCCCUUCUUGGACAUACUUCUUUCCCUAUCACUUCCCGUUAUGGUGCUCUUUGACAAUAUUAACCCUCUUGCCCAAUUCGUUUCUAAGCGCCCUCGUCUGAAGUUUGCACUAGCCGUGUUUGUCUACGUGAGCUGCUUUGGGGGUUUGCUUUCUGUUGUGAUCGAUGCUUACUUUGGAUAUUUCUCCCAUUUGAACAUCCACCAGGGCUGGAAAGGUAUAGUAAUGAGCGGAGCUUUGGGAGUCUUUCCCUGUCUAUCACUGUUCCUAUCUUUUGUUCUCGCUAGAGUGGAGUUUUCAGAGGCAAAUUAA